AUGGGCCGCCGCCGCCUGCCGGUCUGGCUGUGCGCCGUCGCGGCGCUGCUCUCGGGGGCGCAGGCCAAGGGCACCCCGCUCCUCGCGCGGCCCGUGCAGCCCGGUGCCUCCCGCUACAGCCUCUACACGACGGGAUGGCGUCCUCGGCUGCGCCCGGGGCCGCACAAGGCCCUCUGUGCGUACGUUGUGCACAGGAAUGUGACCUGUGUCCUACAGGAGGGAGCAGAGAGCUACAUAAAGGCUGACUAUCGGCAGUGCAGAUGGGGGCCCAAGUGCCCCGGGACAGUCACGUACCGCACAGUGCUCAGACCCAAAUACAAGGUGGGCUACAAGACGGUGACGGACCUCGCCUGGCGUUGCUGCCCUGGCCUCACUGGAGAAGGCUGCCCCAAGCACCUCGCGGAUCACGGGGCCACCCCACCUCAGCCGGCGCCCGAGCCCCAGAUUCCCUCAGGGCAGGUGGGCCCAGGUCCCAGGCCCCUUCCUUCCAGCAGAGUGGCCCCCAGCCCCCAUGGACGGAAAGCCCCGGGGCUGUUUGGCGAACGGCUGGAACGCCUGGAGGCUGAUGUCCAGCGCCUGGCACAAGCAUAUGGUACCCUCAGUGGCCUAGUGGCCAGCCAUGAAGAUCCCAAUAAGAAGACUGGUGGCCCCAGGGUCCCUGCCACCCCUGUGGGCUUUGGAGUCAUCCCCGAGGGAUUUGUGAACCCUGGAGAGACAACUGGAGGACUGCUCACACCUCCCCUGCACGAGAUCUUGAGCAAAGUCACAGAGGUGAGCAACACACUUCGGACCAAGGUGCAGCUGCUGGACGAGGUGCAUGGAUUAGCCCUCGGCCACGAGGCUCACCUGCAGCGGCUGAGGGAGGCCCCCCCAUCUCCGCUCACCUCCCUGGCACUGCUGGACGAAUAUGUGGACCGACGGCUGCACCGGCUCUGGGGGAGCCUACUGGAUGGCUUCGAGCAGAAGCUGCAGGGCGUCCAGAGCGCGUGCGAUCUGCGGGUGCAGGAGGUGCGGCAGCAGUGCGAGGAGGGCCAGGCGGCCAGCCGGAGGCUGCACCAGAGCCUGGACGGCCGGGAGCUGGCCUUGCGCAGGGAGCUCUCACAGCUGGGUACUCGGCUGCAGGGCCUGAGUGUGGCUGGUGGGGGCAGCUGCUGUGGCCAGCUGGCCUUGCUCAGUGCCCGCAUGGACAGCCUUGAGAGGAACCUGCAGGUGGUGACCGAGGCCCAGAGGGGACACAGCCCCCCCAGCAGGGAUGACCUCACGCGGCUCUCUGCUGCCAUGCUCGAGGGGGGUGUGGCUGGGCUGCUGGAGGGCUUAGAGACCAUCAAUGGGACAGAGGGUGGAGCCAGAGGCUGCUGUCGGGGGAUGGGGGAGGGGGGCUGGGGUGCGCGGGGCUACCAGGCCAUGCUGGAAGAGCGUGUGCAGAGGCUGGAGGAACGCCUGGUGACACUGGCCGGGGACCUGAGCCAUGACAGCGCCCCCCCAGGCAGGUCAGCUCGGCCCCUCGUACAGACGGAGCUGGCCGUGCUGGAGCAACGGCUGGUUUCACUGGAGACUUCGUGUACACCCAGUACCACCUCAGCCAUCCUGGACAACCUCGUGGCCGAGGUGAAGGCCUGGCAGAGCCGGAGCGAGGCCCUCCUGCGUCAGGUGGCCAGCCACGCAGUCCUGCUCCAGCAGCUCAAUGGCACCGUGGCUGAGGUCCAGGGGCAGCUGGCGGAAGCGACGGGCAGCUCCCUCCAAGGCGAGAUCACCCUGCUCAAGGUCAAUUUGAACUCUGUGAGCAAGUCGCUCACGGGCCUCAGUGACUCUGUCAGCCAGUACUCGGAUGCCUUCUUGGCUGCCAACACAUCCCUGGAUGAGCGGGAACGCAAGGUGGAAGCCGAGGUCCAAGCCAUCCAGGAGCAGGUCAGCAGCCAAGGUUCUCAGCUACGGGCUGGCCACAGGCAGGUUCUGAGCCUGCGGGGGGAGCUGGAGCAACUCAAGGCUGGUGUGGCCAGUGUGGCUGGUGGGCUCAGCCGCUGCCAGGACACAGCCCAGGCACUCCAGCACGCAGUGGGCCACUUCGACCAGAGGGUGGCCCGAGUGGAAGGUGCCUGUGGGAGGCUGGGCCUGCUGGCUGCAGGCCUGGACAAUUUGCCAGCCGACUCACUUGGGCCCAGGGAGGGCCUGUGGGGUCACGUGGACCAGCUGAACCGCACGCUGACACAGCACGCCAAGGACAUCGCCCGCCUCCGGGAUGACCUGCUGGACUGCCAGGCCCAGCUGGCCGAGCGGGUGCGGCCAGGGCAGGGCAACUAGGUGGGCUGGACAGGACCCAAGCCCCAGGUCCUGCCACCCCUGGGGCCCUCCACCAGAGCCCAGCCUUGCCCAGCAGGGCCUCCCAGCCUCCCCUGGCCAGCGUGGAUGCCACUGCCGAGGGCCCCAAAGGAAGUCUUGGUCCAGCUCCACCCGACUGUCUAGGCACCAACACUCAAUGCUGCACCAGCUGGACAAUUCAAGAUAGCGGUCAAGGCCAGUACUUCAUGCCUGAAGGCUGGGGGGUGGGGGGUGCUCUUAGAGACCUCGUGAUCCGUAGUCUGCAAAUUGCUUUUCUGCAGACACACCAGCCAGCACCCUUGCAAAGACCUUCAAAUCCCUUCUCUGACAGCAGCCUUUGCCCGUGGACAAGAGCCCCAAGCCCAUGGAGGGUUCCAGUUUCCCUGUCCCCUUGGCUUCACUUCUCAGCCGUCUGGGCUCACUUUCUUCAGGAAGGCGGUGCCCACUGGCACUGCCCUCCUCCUGGCAGCUUCACGGAUGCUGUUUCUGCACCAAGGACCAGGGGUUUCCACCACCCCAUGGGUCCUUCAGGACUGAAUGGAAACACAAGGACUCAGUGAAGAGUUUGUUCCUUUGGAUCUUCUCCCCAGGCGAGUGCCGGGGCCGCCAUGGAUGCUCAGAGGAAAGGACGGGGUCCAUACGAUCUGCUUGGAGACCCUACCCUUUUUCUUUCCUUCCCCAAGGAUGUUUUUAGGGUACUCCGGUCCCCACGCAGUCCUCUCCUUUCCAUCUGGGGGGAAAGCUGCUUCCCCCCACCCCCAGGUUAGGGCCUCUCUCCUAGAGGGCAGCCCUUGUGUACGUCGUGGCCAGAACGAGGCCAGAUCCUGGGCAGGAGGCCACAGCUGGAGGAAAAGGGCUCCAGGCCUAGUUUCCAACAUCCUUGGAAAACCCCAGCCCUGCCUGGAUGUUCACAGAGUGGUGAGAAAUUCAGGUACAACAUGAGGACACAAGUGUUUGUCUGGCCUGCGCACUUCCCAGAGACCCAUCCCAGCCGAGGCUCCUGGCCUCCGGUUCCCCGCGACAGCACGGGCUCUCCUGCGCUGUGGUGCAGGUCCCCGCAGCCUGGCCUUCUGGGUUCUCAGCAUUUGGGAGCCUGCCCUCCACUUCAGUGCUGGUGGGGAGGGCAGGCCUGGAUUAAAGCUUGUAGCCUGUC